GAGCGACUCCACGCGGAGCAGUAAAUUGUUUCAACUCACUAAUGCUUUGCCACGUCUUUUUUUAAUAUCUUGAGUGCGUGAACUUUAGUCACCUAACUGAUAAUAAACAUAUAUAAAAAACAAGGUGGUUCCAGAGAAAAAGUUAACUGGAGGGACACAUCCUGAAUGUUUCACGGCUUUUGACACAUUGGCGUGGUCAGACUUUUAAUUUCUCCCUUAACUAUCGUCGUCAAUUGUUGAGUGGUUUUAACCAACAUGAUGUUGAAAAUCGAAAGAACCACAAAGAAUGUUUUAAUCGUCAGCUUGGGAUUUUUGUUGCUGUUUACUGCUUUUGGAGGACUUCAGAGUAUACAGAGCAGUUUGAACAGUGAUCAAGGUCUUGGCUUGGCCUCAUUAAGUGUCAUCUAUGCAGCUCUUAUCCUGUCUUCAAUGUUCCUUCCACCAUUGAUGAUAAAGUAUCUUGGUUGUAAAUGGACCAUUGUUAUCUCCAUGUGCUGCUACGUUACAUUUUCAAUUGGCAAUUUUUAUCCUAGCUGGUAUACACUUAUUCCCACUGCAAUUAUCCUUGGAACAGGAGGAGCGCCACUUUGGUCUGCUAAAUGUACCUAUCUUACCAUUUGUGGUUAUCUAUUUGCAAAAAAACAUAGUAAGAUUGGAGAAAACAUAGUAAACCACUACUUUGGGAUAUUCUUCCUUUUAUUCCAGUCAUCUGCUGUUUGGGGCAAUCUAUUGUCUUCAUUAAUAUUUCAAUACAGUUCCGUAAAAGCUAACAUCACUGAUGAGAUUUUAGCAUACUGCGGAACUAACAGUUGCCCACAACAUGAUUCAAAAGUCUCUCAAAAUGUCACAUCUGUCCACCAUUCAAUGGCUGUGAUCCACACUCUCUCAGCUAUUUACACCGGUAUUGGUGUAGGAGGAGUACUUCUUGUUGCUUUCUUUCUGGAUCACCUCGAUGAAAAGGAAGUGCAGGAUUUCAAACAGAAGGAAAUAAAAGUUUUGGCUGUCUUAGUGGCAACCUUGACGCACCUAAAGGACAAGCGUCAAUGUCUACUCAUUGUCAUGACAAUGUACAGUGGGUUUGAACAAGGCUUCCUUGCUGGAGAUUAUACCAAGGCAUAUGUCACUUGUACAAUUGGAAUACAAUUUGUUGGUUAUGUCAUGAUCUGUUUUGGUGCUUCAAAUUCCAUUUUCUCUGUGAUAUUUGGAAAAAUGUCAAAAUAUACUGGGCGAAUACCGCUGUUUGCCUUUGCAACCAUCACGAAUCUUGCAUCAAUAACGGCAUUGUUUUUAUGGAAUCCACGACCAGAACAAAUGCCAGUGUUUUUUGUGUUCCCUUCUCUUUGGGGAAUGGCUGAUGCUAUUUGGCAGACACAGACCAAUGCUCUUUAUGGAGUUCUAUUUCUGAACAACAAAGAAGCAGCAUUUGCUAACUACCGACUGUGGGAAUCUGUGGGAUUUGUUACAGCAUUUGCUUAUGCAAACUUCUUGUGUAUAAAAGUCAAACUCAUUAUCUUGGUGGUAGUCCUGUUAUUAGGCAUGAUAAUGUAUGGAAUUGUAGAAUAUAUUGAAUAUGUUCAGCAUGGCAGUGAAAAUCCUCACACAAUUUCACAAAUUUUACGUGGCGAGCAUCUAAAAACAAAAAAAGAGAAGCCAGAUGAACUGGAAGAGGAAGGGAAAGAAGAAACAGAAACCACUGAUGUAAAAUCUGUUGAUGAAAAUGAUGCUGAAACCUAAAACAAAACUUUUGAGGCAGUUAUAUGAGCAGCAUUCUGUUUGGUGCUUCAGCAUCUACAUUCUUCUAAAAUCAACUGCACACUUUAAAAUAUUGCUAUUUUAUAAUUCACUUCAACAUAAUUUUCUAAACAUUGUAUUAAAUUUAUAAUGACCAAGAUUGUAUUCUAUAAUAUUAUAUAUUUAACAGAAUUACUGUAACAUUAGUAACAUCUGAUCUGUAACAUUAGUAGAUCCCUGAAUUGGCAUAAAAUAUAGACGUUAGUUCAUAGGAUAUUUAAGCUGUUUUUUGAAACUCUUAUCUAGUUCAGUAAUGUAAGUAAAUGCGUUGAGGAAAAUGUCAAAUCCCUAAGUCACAAAAACAUUUGCAGCAACUUGUACUGCAACAACCCAUUCAGGAUCUUUAAAUAACUAUCACUUUUGACGCAUAAACACAGCUUGUUGAAUAUCCUGUUAGUACUUUUACCUUGGAGGUUAGUCUACAAAUUCCUAUUAUCAUGCUCAUGGCGAUGGCAGUGCUUGUAACCUGAAAUAAAUUUCUCCAAUUCUUGUUUAAAUGGUAAUACUAUUUUCUUCUGUAUCAAAAACAAGCUCUUAUGCUAAACCCUAAACAAAAAUUUGUCCUAAGGGUGAGAGUAAAUUUACUGGUAUAUUUGAUUAAAGGCACACGUGUUAAUUUGUGCACUGUUUAAUACCUGGAGAAGGGACAAGAUUACUAAAAACCAAAACUGAAAGGGUAGUUUUGACAGAAUGCUUUGAGGUUGGAAAAAUGAUAGCAAAACUAGAUGUAAAUUCUACACGUGAUUGCAAAAUGGCUGAAAUUUCUACCAUGGAUCGCAGAAUGGAGUGCACACAGCACAUGGGUUUGAAGAAGGAUGCAUAGCUAGGAAAAAGCAAUUCCAAGUACAGAUUUGAAAAUCAGGAUGUGUAUUUUAAACUCAAGACAGAGUUCAUUAAGUAUUUGGGUAAGUAAGUACACUGUGAGUUGCAGGUUCUAGCUAGAUUGAAAUUUAUGUAAAAAACCCUUGCUUAAAUAGCAGGUGCAGAGGUUUGUGGAAAUAACAGGUAUGGAUCAAUUUCAGAGCUAAAAGAGGAAUGUUUCUAUUGUUGAAUUCUGGUGUUUUAUCAUUAUUUAAGAAGUUUACACCGACAAGGACAUAACCAACUAUCACAGGCAGCAGUGUUCUUAACAAUAGAUGAAAUAUUCUAAAACAUGUACUGUGCACUUAGUUGAAUAAAUUUUACUGUAUGAAGUUUGUCAAAUUUAAUAAAUUAU